AUGUCAGAACAACCAGUAGCUUCUUCCUAUGCAAAUUUAUCUAUGGAAGAAUUUAUUACCACUGAAUUUAUUAAUGUCAAUCCGGAAGAUAUAGAAUAUGUAUUUGGAGUACAUGAUUUUCCUAAUAAUGAUGAUGAAUAUUGGAUGGCAAAGGCUUUAGAACAUUCACCUACAACCUAUCGAUUCUUAUCCGAUCGUUUGAAAAAGAAAAAGGAAUUCAUUGAGAAGGCCAUCAUUGAUUGGGAUUCGAAGGCUGAGGAGGUUGUCAAAUAUUUUGAUUCAGAUUUGUUGGGUGAUCGUUCUAUCAUGACAAUGGCUGUCCGUGAGACUACUAAUUGUUUCCAAUAUGCUUCUGAAGAGUUGAGAGACUCAAAAUCGUUUGUUAUGGAUACAAUAGAUUCAUGUAGAAUGAAUGGUGAUUCAAGUUUUAUGUACUACAUAUCUGACAAGUUGAAGGAUGAUGAAGAUGUUAUUAUGGCAGGAAUUAAACAAUUUUCAUCUGCUUUUGGUUAUGCAUCCAAUAGAUUGCGUAAUAAUUUGAAUUUUGCAAUGGAUGCUCUCACAAUAGAUAAUUACUAUCAUGGAAGAAAGGAAAUUGGAAACUAUAUGACUUCAAAUAUAAGGAAGCAAAUGGAUUUCUUUUGGAUGAUUAGCUCAAUACAACCUCUAAAUAAUCUCUGUAGCAAUAUUUAUGGCAUUGAUGUGAAGCGGUCUUGA